UUUUCUUCUUCAAAAAUAUUCUCAUCACAAUCUUCUCGUUGUUCCUCUUUCUUUACUCUUGAGGGAGAGAGAGGAGAAGAUGAAGGCACCGAACAUGGAGACGAUAACAAAAUCUCUUGAGAAAUCAAUGCAAAAUUUUUCUCUGAGUGAUCGGAGAAGAAGAGUCGGAGACAGGUUCGGAAGAUCGUCAACGACGACCGAAGAGAGCAGCAACGAACAUGUUCCUCCGAUCUCAGACAGAACACUGGAGCUUAACUCUCACAUAUCUCUUCCUUGUCACUGGGAACAGUGUCUUGAUCUCAAGACAGGAGAGAUUUACUACAUAAACUGGAAAAAUGGAAUGAGAGUGAAAGAGGAUCCAAGAAAGGUGAUGAUGAAUGCAGAUAAUGACAGUGGAGAAUCAUGUGGAACAUUUUGCUCAGAAGAAGAUAGCUCAUAUUAUGACAGUGAGGAGUCUUCAUCCGAGUCUUCUCCAUCAUCAAGAGAGAAUCAGAAAGAGGAAGAGGAGGAGGAUGAAGAAGAAGAAGAAGAAGAGGAAGAGGAAGCUGUGCUUGUUGUUGCUGGAUGCAAAGCUUGUUUCAUGUACUUCAUGGUUCCUAAGCUUGUCGAGGACUGCCCCAAAUGUGCUGCACAGCUUGUUCACUUUGAUCGACCUCAUUCUGCCUCUCCUUGAAACGUCCCUCUCGUUAUUUCCACUUCUUUUUCUUUAAUUGCCCUUUUUAUUCAGAUGAGAAUUUGCUUAAUUAGGUUUUCUCUUUCUUUCUUUAAUCUUAUAUUGUUGUAACUUAAUGGUUAAUUCUCUUGUGAGUGGGGCAUUAACAACUGAGUUUCAAUGGCAAUAUUUCAGACGUUAAAAGUUAAAAUGUACUAGCAUUGAGGUGAGAAUUGUGUUGUGUUUGCCUUUAUUGAAAAGAUAAUAAUAAUGUUGAGGAAUGUU